GUUAGUGGUCCAAGGGGGACUAGGCAGAAACGGUCAGAAAAUAAUUUACCCUCUGACUCUCUCGAGAUAAAUGGGAAGAGUUUGCAUCCCUUAAGUAUAAGGCCUGUUGGCUCUGGAUGUGCUUUGUUUUGUUUUCUAAGUUGAGUUCAAUCUGAAGGCUAGAGUUUUUCAGUUUCAGCCGCAAUCUAUAGGAAGAUGGCAUAAAGAAAAUCUUAAAAGAAAAGAAAAUCUUAAAAAGAAAUCUUAUAAAGAAAAAUCUUAAAAUAGUGUAUGUAUUAGAGGCUACAAAAUCUUACAAAAAGUAAAAUUAAAAUGUAUUUACAUCCCUCUAAUCAAAGGUGAUUUUCUUUAGUCUCUCUUAAGUAACAAUUUUAGGAACAUUUUUGGUAAAUCAUGCCCUUUUAAAUCUUUGUUCAGUCCCUCAAAAAGUAUCUGAAGUAAACAAGACAUGGAUAAUAGAUGGAUUAACAAUUCUCUAAAAAAGCAAUAUUUUAAAAAUAUACAAUCUGGUCCAUACUCAAUAGACCAGUCAGUCCGGAGCUAUUUGCUGCUGUCACUAAAGUGUGUCGCAGGGCCUUCCUGGGCCAUGCUUUUCCCAGCCACACUCUAUAAAGGCCCAUCUGACUGUCCCCUGUGCUGUGCUUCCAGGCAACGGAGAGGAAUGAGGCAGGCUUCACUCUGGGAGAACUGGUGUCUUACCGUAAACGCAGUCGCUCUCAUAUUUCAGAGACUAACAGAGAUCUUACUUGAUUAUCUUUCCAGUUAUAAAAAAAUAUUUAAGAUCAAAAAUGAAAUACCACUGACCAACUUGUGGGUAGCCGACUGUGUGGACAAGAAGGGAGAACCUCAGACCUCUGCCAGGAAGUCCUUUCUCCUGGGCUGGCCCAUGGUGAACUUUGUGGCCACCUUCUGUUCUUCAGAAGUAAAGGAACAAUGGCGCUCUUCCCUUCAGAGGUACAUCACUUUAGCCGUGGAAAAGGAUCAUUCAAAGAGCAUUCCCCUUCAGAUCUCCACUAAGGACUGCAAGAAAAGUUCCUAUUCUGUAACUGUGACCAUAUCAAAUUCGGACACAGCAAAUGACAUAAUCCACAAGGCAUUAUCAAUGCUAGGAAUAACCGACUCGAUCUUAGUCCUGAAGGACAUCUUUCAAAAAUUUUGACAUAAAAAACAUCUGGCUCGAAGCCAUUACCCCUGAUGAAGGUCCCUGGAACGAGACAGCUCAUGCAUCUAAUGAAUUGGUAAAGAAAAAGACAAGGGCUCUGAGAAAUAUUACCAGCUGUGGGUCAGUUCUGGCAAGAAAGAGGCCCCGUUCCCUAUCAUUGGACAUGAACAACCCUAUAAAAUUCACAUGAGCCUCCUUCAAGCCCCUGGGCUUCUGCCAGAGAACUCCACCUCUCCUACCCUCCAGGAGCCCAUCCCGGAGCAGCCAUCCCUAGACAUGCAAGGCCGGUUCAACCUGAAGCCCAGGCACCUGCCUAAAGGCCAGCAGGAAAGUGAUCAGAAGACGGUGAGGAGGUGGUCGGUAUUGAACUGGGCCUUUCAUCAGCAAUCCAAUACUAGCAAGAGGUUGGCGGAUGAUGAACUGGGCACUGGGCAUCUCAGCCUCCAGGGUGAAGAGGCUUCACCAGCCCCAAAGCCUGAACAGCUCUUUGGUGUUCCUCUCAGUGACGUUUGCAAAAAUGACAUCCUGCCAACCCCUG